CGCGAGGUUACACACGCUAGCGUUUGUGAACGUUGUCUCCAUUCAUCGGAUCGGUCCACGGUAAUAAAAUGGCAACUGCGGAGGUGCGGCUGAACCACACAAUAUACAUCAACAACUUAAACGAGAAGAUCAAGAAAGAUGAGUUGAAGAAGUCUCUGUACGCCAUUUUUUCACAAUUCGGGCAAAUUCUAGACAUCCUGGUCGCACGAAACAUAAAGAUGAAAGGACAGGCUUUUGUUAUAUUCAAAGAGGUUAACAGUGCUUCCAAUGCUCUCAGAUCGAUGCAGGGGUUUCCUUUUUAUGACAAGCCGAUGAGAAUCCAAUAUGCUAAACAGGACUCUGACAUUAUUGCUAAAAUGAAGGGAACCUAUGUAGAGCGUGACCGCAAAAUGGAAAGGAUCAAGAAGCCUAAACCAGAAGGAUCCAAGAAGGCUGCUGCAGCCGGCAUGGUGGCUGGUGUCCCAGCAUCAAUGGCUCCUCGUAUGAUGCACAUGCCUGGUCAGCCCCCAUACAUGCCCCCGCCUGGUAUGAUGCCUCCUCCCGGAAUGACUCCUGGCCAAAUUCCUGGGGCAAUUCCUGGUCAGAUGAUGCCUGGACAGAUGCCACAACAGGUGUCAGAAAAUCCUCCAAAUCAUAUCCUCUUCCUAACCAACCUGCCCGAAGAGACAAACGAACUCAUGCUAUCCAUGCUCUUCAACCAGUUCCCAGGGUUCAAGGAGGUGCGUUUGGUCCCAGGCCGCCACGAUAUCGCUUUUGUGGAGUUUGAUAAUGAAGUACAGGCUGGAGCUGCACGAGAGGCUCUACAAGGCUUUAAGAUCACGCAAACUAAUGCCAUGAAGAUCUCAUUUGCCAAAAAAUAAUGUCACUCUUUAAAACUGACUUCAUACUUUGAGUGCUUUUUCUUUCUAUCCACAUUUUUAGAAAAUAUUUUUGAAGAUACUGUGCAAGUAUCCAUCUGUAAGUAUACACACUUGUUUCAACAGUCUUUAUUUCAAGCAUUGCACCCAGAGUCUGGUUUCCCAGACAUUGUACCUGGAGCUUUUUAUAUAUGACCAUUAAACUGUUUUCACAAUA